AUGCGUCUCGUCUUCACGGUGGACAAAUCCAAGGCGGAAUGGUACGUUUACAAGAAGGGUCUUGGAAAAGUAAUAGAAUGGAGGGAGACUGCUGUUGAGGAGACACAAAAAACGGAGAAAGAGAUUGCCGCCAUUCAACUCAAUUUUAGUCCCGAUUUUUCCAAGUACAACGACGCCCACAUUCGGCGCAACUUGGAUUACUUCCGCCGGGCGAAGGAGAAUCAGUGCGUUGUCUGUGGAGAGACAAAGGAACUGGUGCGGUUUGCUGUUGUGCCUUUGGCCUACAGGAAAUAUUUUCCCAGUGUUUACAUGAGUCACAAUAGCUACGAUCUCUUGCUUUUGUGUACCGUGUGCUUUGCUAGGGCCCGACGACUGUACGACGAGGAGCGGCGGCGCGUUGCGGUGGAUUUUGGUGUACCUCUGGGUCACCUCACACCAAAGGAAUCCGAAUUGCGCCGCGCACAGCUGCAGCAACAAAUGCCCACUAAUAUUAGCAACGAUGGCAGUGCCGUUGAGAAUAUUGCUAGAAGUCGUAGCAACAGCAGCAGCAGCAGCAGAAGCAACAACGACACGGCAACCAGUGACAGGAAGUACCUACUCUCACCUGCCCAGAAGAUGCGCAUCAUGCAGGAAUACCUUGAAAUCGAGAAGCACCGGGAAGUGCUUCUCAAUAUUUUUAAAUAUGCCAAGGCAUUGCGUGUUGCCUACGAGGAAACAACUGUUGCAGCGGGUUGUAUUGAGGAGGACGAGGGGGUAAAUCAGACAGCGGCGGUCAAAGAAAAGCCGGCGAAGCCGUCAGUGAUGCCGCCAGGACGUGCAAGGCAGUUAGCGACGUACAUGCGUCUGCACGCCCAACGGUACCCUUUUGCGAAGUGUGCAUCGGAGCGGAUGGCGCUCUUCACUGCUGAUGCAGCGUCGAAAGAGUCAGUCCGAUGCAUCCUCGAGGAGGGCAUAUCGCCCCGCGUCGUGUUGACGCGCUUCUGGCUGCGUGAGCACCCAAAACUACGCGAGAUGUUCAGCUGUACGACACGUCGCAGCGAAAGGCACGAAGAUGGGGGAUCGCCAGGACCGCAGGAGAAUGGGGAGAGAUUGGAAGAAAACCUUUUUGUGGACAGCCACGGCUUUCUUAUUGUUCAGGCACUUCUUGAGAAGUACGAUACGGACGCCUGCAAAUGCCGGGACCACGCCAUUGGAGAGUUUAUCUACCGGUGGCGUACCGCCUUUCUGCAGGGGAUGCGACCAAGGCACCUGCCAAGCGGUUGGUCUGCCGAGGACGGGAUUCUGCUUUAG